AUGGCCUUCCGCGUUCCAGCGCAGGCGCCGCGACGACGGACUUCCUAUUCGACCCCUCAGCGCCCGCCUUCUCUUGAUAUUCCUUCCUCCCCAACAGAGCAACAAGAAGAAGACACAACACAAUGGGUACUCUUCUCCCCGACUGCUCGUACCCACACGACUUCCACGGAUAGGACACGCACACAUCUAAGUGACUUUGACUCUCUGGGCACCGCGACGCAAUCCGCCGCGGGUCUAGAGAUUGACGCCGAAGGAGACGAAGCACUAGAUGACCAGCUCGACGAGGAAAGUACCGAGCUGGACAGCUUGGAUGAUGGGCUGCAUGCAUUCCGCGCCCCAUCUCUGUCCCCCACCCCGCACGGCUUCCAAGCCUCGAGCCAGUUGGCCCAAGAACAACUGUGGCAGCAUGAACAGUAUAAUCCGCAGCGACGACAGUCCUUCUCCCGACAUCGUCGUCAUUCCAGUGUCCAGCGACACCUCGAUACCGUCGAUGAGGGGGAGGCGGAUGUAGAGCGGGAACGAUGGCAGCGCAUCGAGCAGUGGCGGAUGGAUCAGAGUCAGGCCCUGCUGCAGGAGAUUCAGCGGGAGACCCGACGACGCCGGGGUAGCCGGGCCUCGCAAUUUAGCAUUCCGCGCUCCGUCGAGGAUCUCUCACCGGCGCGGAUCGUGGAGGCCCAUUCGGAGGUGAUCUCCUCAUCUCAGGCAGAUGAGGAGGUCAGUGAUAUCAAGGAGAUGGACGAGUCAUUCUGGCGUCGUAUCACCCGGAGAGUCAUCCGAGACCUCAUCGGUAUCGAUGACGAGCUAUUAAGCGUCAUUUUUGGAGAAUCCCUACCGCAGGACGACCAGGAGUCUUCAAGACACUCAGAAGAGCUAGAUAUGGAAACCGUCCUGGCUCGCGAGGCGGAACCAGAGCACGCAGACUCACCUCUCUGGCAGAGCCAUGUCUUGCAACGCAUCACCCGUGAGCUGGGUAUGCUAGUCCACCAGCUCUGCGAGCACCCGGGGGCAUUCGCAAACUAUUACCAAAUGACAAAGAGUAUCUCCAGUGAAUAUGCAGGCAUGUCACUAGAGAAGCUCGCAGAGAGCAGCGCCGCUCAACGAAACAUCCAGUCCACCGUCCAACUCUCCACCGACCCCACCACAGCAGACUCCAUGCCCUCACCACACUUCAUCCCGACGCUCCGCGACGCAAACCGCGAGCACGAAGCACACUGGGGAAUCGAAGACGACGACCCAACAGGUCCGGGCGCAGACCCCGUCUCCGAAUCAACCCGCAUCCACCAGGAACAAGAGUACUGGGAGCGCGGCCUAGAUGUCAUGAUGGUCUUCCGCUACCUCCGAACCCGCUUUAGUCGUCGCGGCUACAUGCCAACAGACAAAUACACGCCGACUCAACCUCCCCGUCACACACAAGAUGCCUCCCGCCGCGCCGCCAUGAUCCGCCAACACCACCCGCUCGUGGCUCGCGCGCACUCACGCUCGCAAACUCAGCCGCGACGUGCAUCUCAGUAUUCCGGUAUAUCUGGGCCCGCAGGCGUCUCGUCGCCUAUUAUCCGCCCACAUAUGCGGAGGCCGAGCUCUAGCUGUGCGAGCCAGAGUGCCAAACUCUCGGCUCUAUCCAGUCAUCGCACGCUGACGGGGUCUAGUCGGAACUACUGGGAUAUCGGUGGGAGCGUGGAUAGUGGGAGUGCAAUUGGGAUUGGUGUUGGAGCUGGACUUGGGGCAUGGGGUGAAGUAUGA